AUUAUUAAUUGCAGUUAUUUCGGCGCUUCUGCAAUCACUGUAUGAACUGUUAGAGCCGCAGCUGCGCGCACUGUCCGUCAAUGGUUUAGCUGGUGGAAGCUUGCAUACACGAACCGUUAUCCUGGCCAUCUUGCUAAUCAUUGCUUCAGUCACAGCAUCGAUAACGAUUGCUCGUUUUCUCCCCAUCGAUCUGUGGUGUUUAAUAAUUGUUUCAAAUUGUCUGCUGACAGGCAUACACGCUUUAUCGGCAACGGUAGUCUCUGGCAUAGUGACAUGCGAGUCACGAUCCAGGACACCAUGGGAACAGGCUGAUGAUCUUUUAUUUAUAUGCAAAACGGCUACUUGUGCUGCUGAUUUGAUACUUUCAAUGAACGUCGUCAGCUACGGCAUUCUGACAUCCAUUGAAGGUAAUAGUAUCUUAACGUCUGGCCGUAGAAGAAUCAGUUGGUUCUGUAAAAUUUUUUUACUUUUACGUAUCAGAACUUCUCGUGAUUAAUU